GUUAUAUAGUUUUGUUUUAUGAUCAGCUUGACAGUUCCAAGAAUCAGCUUAGCAGUACAAUUCUGAUAAUUGGGUUCUUAGAAAAAAAAAAGGAGUGACAAGAGUUUUUUUUUAAAUUGAAUGCAGCAAUGAAAAAAAAGAGAAGCGGCUGGGCUGUGUUAAUGGUGUGGUAGUAUAAAAGUGUCAUGAGGAAGUCAAACAAGAAGGAAUGCCUGUGGACUGGAGCUAAAAGCGUUUUCAAUUUCACUCAACAGUGAUUCUCCUGUUUGACUGAAACCUGGGUGUUUGUUCAAGAAAAGGAAAGAGAAUCAGCACAGAAGUUUAAGAGGCCAUGGACGCUGAGAAAGUGACCGAGGUGGAGAUGAAAGCGAUCACUCCAGAGGAUAAGGAUGCUGAGAAAGGCAAAGUGGAAGAAACAAAAGCUGAUCAAGGAGCAAACGUCAAAGAAGAUAAAAAAGAAAAAGACGUAAAAGAAGAAGAAUCCAAAGCUGAGAAAGGAGCAAAAGGCAAAGAAGAUAAUAAAGAAAAAGAUGUAAAAGAAGAAGAAUCCAGUGUGUACUGCAAAUUGAAGUCUCCAACAGAAGAUAUUUAUAACACUUCAUUGCCUUCUUCAUCUUCCAAAAACAUUGAAGAAGCUGAGAAAGGAGCAAAAGGCAAAGAAGAUAAUAAAGAAAAAAAAGAAGAAGAAUCCAGUGUGUACUGCAAAUUGGAGAGUAAAACAGAAGAUAUUUAUAACACUUCAGUGCCUUCUACAUCUUCCAAAAACAAAGAAGAAGUUGAGAUAAAGGUAGAAGAUGAAGGAGAAAAAAAAGAUAAAGAAACAGAAGAAGAAAGUAAUGUGUACAGCAAACUGAAGAGUCCAACAGAAGAUAUUUAUAAUCCUUCGAUGCCUUCUUCGUCUUCCAAACGUUACAAAGAGAAAGAGGGUAAAAAAGAAGAAAAUGAAGAAGUAGAAGAUGUGUACUGCAAACUGAACGAUCCAGGAGAAAAUGUUUAUAUGACUACGAUGUCCAGUUCCACCGCCAAGCACAAUAAAGAUAUUUACAGGAGACUUCAUCUGUACAAGAAGAUUGCUGCUUUUUUCUUCGUUCUCUCUUUGCUCUUACUGGCAGUGGUUCUUGCUCUGGCUAUGAAGUCAUAUGCGAAGUGUCCAGAGAUUGCUGAACCAAAUUGUGAGCUUUGUCAGACCAAGUGUCCUCCACUAAAGGGCAUCCAAGAGUGUAAGUGCUCUGAGUGCGCGGAAGAUUGGGAGAUGUUUGAGAACUCUUGUUACUUCUUUUCUGAUGACCGCCUAAAGUGGCAGGAGAGCAGGGAGGCGUGUCAGAAACUUGGUGGAGACCUGGUUGUUAUUGACAAUGAACGUGUGCAGAAGUUUCUAACUGAGGACAGGAACAUUAUGUACUGGAUCGGGUUCCAUUAUUUAGAAGAUCAGACAUGGAUGUGGAUUAACAAUAGUACAACAACCCGGAGCUUCUGGUCCAAUGGCCAGCCAAAACCAGACGGUCAAGGCUCCUGUGCACUGCUAAAUGGAGGGACAUCAGACCUGAACAACUGGCUUUCAAACUCCUGUAAUGUGAUGUCACAGUAUAUCUGCCGGAAGUGUUAAAAUUGGAGAAUGACAACCAUAACCAUCACAUAUAUCUGCUACAGUUGCCUUCAAUAACUUCAUUUUACUGUUAUACUUACCUUUUACAAAUGCAGUUCAUAAAUAAUAACAAAUACAGAAUCAGCACAUAAAACAAUCCUGUUCUGUGAUGCACAAUCAAGUAGAUAUGCUAUGUAUUUUUCAUGAUUUAGGAAAUGCGACUUGCUAAAUGUAUUCAUUGAAAGGGACUCUGUACUUAUAUUACUUGUAAAUUGUAAUGCUGUUACUUGCACUGUUACAAAAUAAUCUUGCACUGAUUUCUAUAAAACAUUAUGCUAAGUUUCCCGAAUGUAUUAUAAAAUUAAAUAUAGCUGCCUUUAAAAUAGUACAGAGAUGUUUGUUUAUGCAUUUUGUUAUACCUCUGUGACUAGGUGGUGGACAGGGUUUUAGUUUUACUUUAGUAUUCUGUUUGAAUUUUAUUUUAUAGGUAUUUCAGUCAUAUAGUGUAUAUUAUUAAUAAGUACGACAUAGACAUUGAUGGUGAUGUCAUGGAUGCCAAUUGUUAGAUUAAUUUACAGUGCUUUUGUUUAUUAAAUUUUUUUUGUGCGUGUAAAACAUGAUGAUAUAAACAUAACUAUAUUAAAGUCUCUAUUAAAGUUAUUUUGAAUUA